AAAUGGAUUAAUGAUAUUUGUAAAGCUUUCACAGAAGCAUUUAUCGUUUAUCCACAGUUUUAUUUGGGAAAUGUUGUGUGUAUACAUCAUCUCGAUAAUGUGUUACUCAACACGCUGGUGUAAUAAAAUGAAUGAUAUGAUAUAAAACGACGUUAAAUUAAAUACUCUGCGUUUAGCAAAAUUGUGAAAUAAUCUAUAUCACCAUCACGAUGAAAUAUAAAACAUCAAGCCCUUACAAGGGAUGUUUUAACACAACAGAUAAUAGUGUUGAAUAUUUCUGGAAAAAUUCAUCAGUGUUUUAUCUAAUAAUUUUGAUACUAUUUAUCAGUAGCGUGAAUGGAGCUAAUCAGUUGCAUAUAGGUGGCAUCUUUCCUAUAGCAGGAAAGGGUGGUUGGCAAGGAGGACAAGCCUGCAUGCCAGCCGCCAAGCUUGCUUUACAGGACGUGAAUGAAAAUCCGGAUCUCUUGCCAGGAUUUAACUUAACACUACACAGCAACGACAGUGAGUGUGAACCAGGCUUGGGAGCAAGCGUCAUGUAUAAUUUACUGUACAACUCCCCUCAAAAACUCAUGCUAUUGGCAGGGUGUAGCACUGUCUGCACUACUGUGGCGGAGGCAGCCAAAAUGUGGAAUUUGGUAGUGCUAUGCUACGGUGCUUCCAGUCCAGCUCUAUCCGAUCGAAGUCGAUUUCCAACACUCUUCAGAACACAUCCAUCUGCUACUGUACAUAAUCCCACUAGAAUUAAGCUGAUGCAGAAGUUUGGUUGGUCUAGAGUUGCCAUCUUACAACAAGCAGAGGAAGUGUUUAUAUCGACAGUGGAAGAUUUAGAAACAAGAUGUAAAGAUGCUGGCAUCGAAAUAGUAACAAGACAAUCAUUCCUUUCUGAUCCUACGGAUGCAGUACGGAACUUACGGCGACAGGAUGCUCGUAUUAUAGUGGGAUUGUUUUAUGUGGUUGCUGCACGUCGUGUACUAUGUGAGAUGUAUAAACAACAGCUAUACGGGAGAGCAUACGUAUGGUUUUUUAUUGGGUGGUACGAGGAUAACUGGUACGAGGUGAACCUGAAAAAUGAAAACAUUUCAUGCACUAAAGAACAAAUGAAAAUAGCUGCCGAAGGCCAUUUGACCACUGAAGCACUAAUGUGGAACCAGAACAAUCAAAAAACAAUCUCAGGAAUGUCAUCGGAAGAUUUUCGGAAACGUUUGAAUGCUGCAUUGAUUGAAGAGGGAUAUGACAUCAACCAUAACCGGUACCCAGAGGGAUAUCAAGAAGCUCCACUCGCCUACGAUGCAGUAUGGAGUGUGGCCCUUGCAUUCAACAAGACGAUGCAACGGCUUACCGAGCAAAACUCGGGAAAAAAUCUUAAAGAUUUUACAUAUACCGAUAAGGAAAUAGCGAACGCUAUUUAUGCCGCCAUGAAUUCCACACAAUUUCUAGGCGUUUCAGGUGUGGUUGCCUUCAGCUCUCAAGGCGAUCGAAUUGCAUUAACUCAGAUUGAACAAAUGAUUGAUGGCCAAUAUUACAAGUUGGGUUACUACGAUACACAGGCUGAUAAUCUCACCUGGUUUGACAAGGAAAAGUGGGAUGGAGAAAAGGUUCCACAGGAUCGAACGAUUGUACGAAGGGUUUUAAGAACAGUUUCAUUGCCACUGUUUAUCUGUAUGAGUACAAUAUCGAGUUUUGGCAUAUUAGUGGCGGUAACUCUGAUUGUGUUCAACAUUUGGCACAGACAUCGAAGGGUUAUUCAGUCGUCACAUCCAGUUUGCAAUACUAUCAUGCUGUUUGGUGUUAUUAUAUGCCUCGUUUCUGUCAUUUUGCUUGGUAUUGAUGGACAAUUUAUAACCGCUGAAAACUACCCUAAGGUAUGCCAAGCACGAGCAUGGAUUCUCUCUACCGGUUUCACCUUAGCGUAUGGAGCAAUGUUUAGCAAAGUUUGGCGUGUGCAUCGCUUUACAACGAAAACUAAAACAGACCCUAAGAAAAAAGUAGAGCCGUGGAAACUUUAUACUAUGGUAUCGGGACUUUUGGCAGUGGACUUGGUGAUACUACUCACCUGGCAAAUGCAGGAUCCUCUUCAAAGACGACUGGAAACAUUUCCACUGGAAGAUCCGAUUUCAUCUAAUGAUGACGUUAAAAUACGACCGGAGCUGGAACACUGCGAGAGUCAUAAUAAUUCAGUCUGGUUAGGGGUUAUAUAUGGAUUCAAAGGAUUAAUACUGGUGUUUGGACUAUUCUUGGCAUAUGAAACACGUUCCAUUAAAGUGAAGCAGAUAAACGAUUCUCGCUACGUAGGAAUGAGCAUUUACAACGUUGUAGUGCUAUGUCUAAUAACUGCCCCUGUUGCCAUGGUGAUAGCUUCGCAACAAGAUGCUUCCUUUGCGUUUGUUGCAUUAGCUGUCAUAUUUUGCUGUUUUCUCAGCAUGUUACUCAUAUUCGUUCCGAAGGUGAUAGAAGUAUUGCGACAUCCAAAGGAUAAGGUCGAAUCCAAAUUCAGCAAUGAUACUGGAAUUUCAAAGGAAGAUGAGGAACGAUACCAAAAAUUAAUUUCCGAAAAUGAUGAUUUACAGAAAUUGAUAGCUCAAAAAGAAGACAAAAUACGACUGCUCAAGCAGCGACUAACAGAACGGGAAAAUAAAAAUACUGCACAACCCUUUAAUGAAUCCGCAAAUGGCACCACUGCUGGAGGAAUGCAAUUCAAUCGAUCAUCUUCAACCGCGCUAGCUCAAAAGUAACUGUAAAUGUUUCAACGAAGGUGCAGAAGGAAUCCUUGAAAAAUAUGUUAUGAUGUACUCUUAUUAUGAAAUGAAAUGAUGAUGGUUUAUCUGAAUUGCAGAAUACAAUUGAAAUUGAAAGUAAAAGCAUGCAUAGUAGUGAAUAAAUUGUAAUUCUAGUGAAAUUUAAUCCAUACGACAAUUCCUCAAUAAAAUAGGAGAAAGCAACGCUCAAAA